AAGAUAAUUGAAAAUUCAGGUCCUUUUUCCUAGUACAUAGAAAUUUUAGAUUAGGCGCCUAACCAAUCCCUUUUUAUAUAGUUAAUAAAGUAAACUACCUUUUUCUUUCUCUCUUGAUAAAGUUGAAUAUUAAGAUUUUAAAUCACAUUAUUUUAUUAUAUUUUUGACAUAAAAUAUGAGAUUUUCUCACUCAAUUCAUCUAACACAAUUUAUAAUUGCAAUGAAAAGUCUUAAACUUUCUUCUUCUUCUUCUUGUUCUUCUUCUUUUAUCUUGAAAAGUUUUAGCUUUUUUAAUAUCAAAACAAAAGGCACUAAUUUUUUGCAUUAUCUCCCCAAAAACCAGAAACUUAAUUUGGAAAACUUAUGCAAAAAAUGAGGAAAAGUUUCAAAAAAGAGAGUUUCAUUUUCAACUAAAAAAAAACAAGCAAUAAAAGAACAAAAAAGUCCAAUGAAUUAUGAUGACUUCUUUUCAAGUUUCAACGUUUGCAAAGGUAAAACCUUGAGUCUCUCCUUCACUCAGCCUUCACAGGUUUUUAUUUUAUAUAGAAAAGCACAGAAAAAUUCCAACACUCACUGUCUCUCCAAUGGCUGCUCCCUGCACAUACCCUCUUCUUCUCCUCUCCCUGAGCUUCACAUUCUUCAUCUUCACUUCAGCUGCAACUGAAUCAGAUGCUCUGCUCAUCUUCAAGUCCUCCAUUAAUGACCCCAAGAACUCCCUUUCUUCCUGGACCAACACCUCAGGUGUUCAUCACUGUAACUGGACUGGCAUAACCUGCGUUGCUGUUCCUUCACUCUAUGUUUCAUCCAUAAACCUCCAGGGCUUGAAUCUUUCUGGGGAUAUCUCAUCUUCCAUUUGUGAAAUGCCUUACCUUUCUCACCUCAAUCUUGCUGAUAAUUUCUUCAAUCAGUCCAUCCCUCUUCAUUUGUCCCAGUGUAGUUCCUUGGAGAAUUUGAAUCUCAGUAACAAUCUCAUCUGGGGUCCUAUCCCAGAUCAGUUGUCCCAGUUUGAUGCUUUACUAUUUCUUGAUUUGAGCAAGAAUCGUAUUGAAGGGAAGAUUCCAGAGAGUUUUGGGUCAUUGGUGAACUUGCAAAUUCUCAACUUGGGAAGCAAUUUGCUUUCAGGUAGUGUUCCUUCUGUUUUUGGCAAUUUCAGUGAGCUUGUUGUUCUUGAUUUAUCUGAAAAUGCAUUCUUAGUAAGUGAGAUUCCUGCUGACAUUGGGAAGCUUGAGAAGCUUGAGCAGCUCUUUUUGCAAGGGUCUGGUUUUUAUGGUGAAAUCCCUGAAUCUUUUUCUGGGUUGCAAAAUUUGACAACUUUGGACCUUUCUCAGAACAAUCUCACUGGGUCAUUUCCUCAAACACUUGGCUCUUCUCUGAACAACUUGGUUUCUCUUGAUAUCUCACAAAAUAAGCUUUCUGGGUCAUUUCCUAGUGGUACUUGUGAUGGAAAAAGCCUGAUAAAUCUCAGUCUCCAUACCAAUUUCUUUAAUGGGUCUAUUCCCGACUCCAUUUCUAGAUGCUUGAAUCUUGAAAAGUUUCAAGUUCGAGACAAUGGGUUCUCUGGCGUUUUCCCAAAUGGGUUGUGGUCAUUACCAAAACUGAAGCUUCUCCGAGCUGAAAACAAUAGAUUCUCUGGAGAAUUGCCGGAUUCAAUAUCAAUGGCUGCUCAGCUUGAGCAAGUUCAGAUUGAUAACAACAAUUUCACUGGUAAAAUUCCUCAGGGUCUUGGUUCUGUCAAGAGCUUGUACAGAUUCUCUGCUUCUCUUAAUGGCUUUUAUGGUGAACUUCCACCAAAUUUUUGUGAUUCACCUGCUAUGAGCAUAUUCAAUCUUUCUCACAACUCACUUUCCGGCCAAAUUCCAGAGUUGAUAAAAUGCAGGAAGCUUGUUUCUUUGUCUUUGGCAGCUAAUAAUCUUUCUGGAGAAAUCCCACCUUCCCUGGCUGAAUUACCCGUGCUAACUUACCUUGAUCUAUCUGAAAAUAAGCUCAGUGGUUCUAUUCCUCAGGGCCUCCAAAAUCUGAAGCUAGCACUUUUCAAUGUAUCCUUCAACCAGCUAUCUGGAACGGUCCCUUUGUCUCUGAUAUCAGGUCUUCCAGCUUCAUUUUUGCAAGGAAAUCCGGGACUUUGUGGUCCAGGAUUGCCUAAUCCUUGUCCUGAUGAUCAUCCAAAACAUCAUGCCUCUGGUCUUACAACCUUGGUAUGUGCCCUGAUAUCUGUAGCAUUUGCCAUUGGAACUAUGUCUGUUGCAGCUGGAUUUUUUGUGUUUCGCCGGUACUCCAGGAGAAAAUCUGAGAUUGGAAAAUGGCAUUCGAUAUUCUUCUAUCCUCUUAGGAUCACAGAGAAUGACUUGAUGAUGGGAAUGGAUGAGAAAAGUGCUAUAGAAAGUGGUGGACCUUUUGGCAGGGUAAACUUCUUAAGCCUUCCAAGUGGUGAAAAAAUUGCCAUAAAGAAUAUGGUUAAUUUUGGAAGGCAGUCUUCUAAGGCUUUGAAGGCUGAGGUCAAGACACUAGCCAAGAUCAGGCAUAAGAACAUCGUCAAAGUUCUUGGGUUCUGCCAUUCUGAUGAAUGUAUCUUUCUUAUUUAUGAGUUCUUACAGAAGGGAAGCCUAGGAGAUAUGAUUUGCAGACCGGAUUUCCAGUUGCCAUGGAGUGUUAGGUUGAGGAUUGCCAUUGGUGUUGCUCAAGGAUUGGCAUAUCUUCAUAGGGAUUAUACUCCACAUCUACUUCACAGAAAUCUCAAGUCAAGAAAUAUCCUCCUCGAUACUGAUUUUGAGCCAAAGCUUACAGAUUUUGCUCUUGAUCGGAUACUUGGAGAAGCUGCAUUCAAUUCAACCAUGGCUUCAGAAUGUGCACACUCAUGCUAUAAUGCACCUGAAUACGGAUACAGCAAGAAAGCAACAGAACAGAUGGAUGUAUAUAGCUUUGGUGUUGUGUUGUUAGAACUUGUCGCUGGCAGGCAAGCUGAGGAGGCAGAGUCCCCAGACUCUCUUAAUAUAGUGAAGUGGGUUCGAAGAAAGAUUAACAUCACCAACGGGGCAUUGCAGGUUCUUGAUCCUAAGAUAUCGAAUUCUUUCCAACAAGAAAUGCUAGUAGCUCUUGAAAUUGCCCAACGUUGCACUGCUGUCAUGCCAGAGAAACGCCCUCCAAUGUUGGAAGUUGUGAGAGCACUUCAGUCGCUCAGCUUGAGGUCGUGCCUUCCAAACCUGGAGCUCUCUACCUCUGAGGAGCAUUCUCUUCCUGUCUGAGACAAUGAGUUAAAGCUUCUCUUUGUUCAUUUCUUGGGUAAAUUCAACUUUGGUUAUGUAUAUCAUAUUGGGGUAAGAAAAAAUAUGUAUGGGAAUGAUGAUGUUCUUAGUUAAUUAUGCUCUAUAAUCUGUUAUGGGAUUCUGAUCUAUAGUAAUAAAAAAAAAAAAAUUCC